AUGGUUUGCCUGACGAUGUGCUUUUUGUGAUUUCAGUUUUACAGAAUAAUACAGAAAUAUUAACAAAUAAGCUGUUUAUGUUUAAAGCUUUUCUGUAUUUUGUUGAAAAUAACAAAGUAUUGUAUUUAAGAGUUUAAAGUACUCCUAAAUGGGUUUCAUAUAACUCUUUCACUACAAGUUUUUCAUACAACUAAACAAUUACUUACUUUUGUGGAAUAUUAAUGUAAAAAAUUCUGUUUAAAAUAAGAGAUAUUAAAAUUUCACAACAUGACUACAUCUUCGGAAGAUGUGUUGUUGAGUGUUAGCCAUGUAAGGUACAAGAAAGGUGAUGGGACGUUAUAUGUUAUGAACCAAAGGCUAGCUUGGAUGUUAGAAAACCGUGAUACUGUAGCUGUUUCACACAAAUAUGCUGAUAUUAAAACUCAAAAAAUCUCACCAGCCGGAAAACCGAAGAUUCAAUUACAAGUGGUCCUACACGAUGGAACAUGCUCCACGUUCCACUUUGUUAAUCCCGCAGGGGCUGAAGCACAGUCCAGUGACCGUGACAAGGUCAAGAUGCUGCUUCAGAACCUCCUGCCAAAGUUCAAAAGACAGAUUGAUGGGGAGCUGGAGAUGAAAUCCAGGUUAUUGUCAUUACAUCCCAUACUGAAGCACCUGUAUGAAGAUUUAGUUAUAACAAAAGUAAUAAAUAGUGAAGAAUACUGGAAUACACCAACUUUGAAACAUUAUACUGAAUCAACUAAUGUUAAACAAGAGGCUGGUGUCUCAGGAGCAUUUCUAGCGGACAUACAGCCACAGACAGAUGGGUGUAACGGACUAAAAUAUAACCUAACCCAAGAUAUUAUAGAUGCGAUAUUCAAAACAUACCCAGCAGUUAGGAAGAAACACAUAGAUUAUGUUCCAAACAAAAUGACGGAAGCCGAGUUUUGGACAAAGUUUUUUCAAUCACAUUAUUUUCAUAGGGAUCGCAUAGCCUCUUCAUCUAGUAAAGACUUGUUUGGGGAAUGUGCAAAAAUGGACGACCACUCCAUCGCAUCUGCCAUGAAGCACACUACUUUAGAUUUAACGGUGGAUUUACCGCACAUGACAGAACCAGUUCCUCUAUUGCCUGAUGAUGAGCCCACAGACAAGGAGAAAGACGGUUGCUCCAUCCCCCGGAGCAUGAUCAAACGGUUCAACCAACACUCUAUAAUGGUGCUCAAAGCUAGUCAAAACAAAAACUCCACUAGUAGUAAUAGUAACAAGAAAUUAGAGAAUGGUGUUAAAGAUACCAAUGGUGUAGAGAAAAGACACACAGAAGAGAAGAGUGAGUCGGAGCCGGUCAACAAGAAACAGAGGAUAUUGGAGAAGAUACAUUACGAGGACCUGGGCGACAAGGACACUGAUACUAAGCAGGACUUGAAAUUGUCUAAGGUGGAGAGGUAUCUACUGGGUCCGGCGUCGCAGGUCAGCCAAUCCAGUGCGAGUACGAGUAACCCACCGCCCCUCUCAGCGUUGGUGUCUAUAUGUCAAGCGUGGAGCGGCGGUCAGCAGUGCUCGCGGCCGGCGCGGGUGAGCGCGGCGGCGGCAGUGGCGGCGCUCGGCGAGCUCAGCCCGGGCGGUGCGCUCAUGCGGCACCACCACGCCGCGAGCAUGGCGCAACUAAUACCACCGGACGUGAAGAGCGAGCUGCAGCGAAUCUAUCUGUCGGGGGGCGAAGUCCUGCGCGAGCUGUGGCGGUGCUUCCCGCAGCCCGGCGCGCCGGAGCCCGAGGGCGCCGCCCAACGGGCAGAGAAGUUCUACGAAGCCCUGCUGAGGUUUAGGAACGUGAGGCUUCGGCCGUUCGAGGAAAAAAUGCUCCGAGAUUUGUCACCGCUAGCGACGACACUAACGAAACACAUGAACCAAAUGAUAGACACCGCCUGCGCAAAAUACGUCGUCUGGCAACAGAGGCAGGCGAAACUGCGGUAGUAUACGGUAGGAUUUAUAUUACGAAAGUUGGAGAAAUAACCGUGCCUAAAUCUGAAAUUCUCUGGAAUUAAAUUCCGGCUUAUCUGAAAUAUAUACAAUGCGUGGAACCCAAGCUAUAAAUAUUAUCUGGAAUUAAUAUGUAAAAUUUUGAAUUUUUAACAAAUUACCAUGCCUAAAGUAUUCUCUGGAAUUAAAUACCAGCUCGUCUGGAAUCAUAUCAAUCACAAAGCCUGGAAUUGGCUUCCGAUUAAAUAAAUAAAUAAAAACAUCUUUAUUAAACAUACAAGUACAGAGCACAGCCAGAGGUUAUAACACAGAAGAAUAACAACAAAUUGACAUGACCCACUAUAACAUACAACAUUGAACUACUUAAAAACUAAUGGGUGAUCGGUUAUGGCUGGGCAAUGCACACACCGCAUGUUUAAAGGGAAAGCCACUCAGGCAUCGACCGCGGCAAGCCGUGGUGCCUGAUCUUCCGUGGCCGAUUGGAACAAUUUCGAACCCUUUCAUCCCGUAAAAAUGUACAGUUCCUCGCGAUAAACGGAUUUCUGAGCAACGGUGAUGCGAGCAUCAACUACUGUCACAAUAUGGCUGUCUCAUAUGUCUAAUUGACACGAUAGACCCUUACCUCUCUAGUCCACCGUCGCAGCGAACUGCAAAACAGCGGCGAACCGACUUACUGUCUUAUCAGC